AGCGAAAAGUUCCCUCUGCCGUUCUCCACGGACGAACUCGACUCCGUUUCUCCAUCGAAGCAUCUUCUCAGGUGUCCUCCAAGUCUUCCAAGCCAAAACCCGGUGGCUUCCGAUCAAGAACAGUAGCCCCUCCGGCGAACUGCACAGAGAUGUCAUCUUCGGUGUUCGCCGGAACGACGCAGAAGUGCACGGCGUGCGGGAAGACGGUCUACUUGGUGGACCAGCUCGCUGCAGAUAACCGCUUCUUUCACAGGGCUUGCUUUCGAUGUCACCACUGCAAGAGAACGCUCAAGCUCAGCGAUUAUAGCUCCUUUGAGGGUGUUCUCUUUUGCAAACCUCAUUAUGAUCAGCUUUUUAAGAUGACUGGAAGCUUGGAUAAGAGUUUUGAAGGUGCUCCAAGGUUUGCUAAGGCAGAAAGACAUACUGAUCGUGAGGUUCAAACAAAUAGCAGAAUUUCAAGUAUUUUUCUUGGGACGCAGGAUAAGUGUGUAGUGUGCAAGAAAACUGUGUAUCCUAUUGAGAAGGUAGCUGUUGAUGGAAAUUCAUAUCACAGGCCAUGCUUCAAAUGCUCGCAUGGAGGAUGCACUAUCAGUCCUUCCAAUUACAUGUCACACGAUGGAAAGCUCUACUGCAAGCAUCAUCACAAUCAACUCUUCAAGUCCAAGGGAAAUUUCAGCCAGUUUGGAGAGAAGAACGAAGAAAUAAGAGCCCGCGUGAAAAUGCCGAAUCCUGUUGAGAACAGUGAGAACCACACAGCUGAAAAUGGUAUAGCAAGCACUUGAAUUUUCUCUGUUUAGAGGUCAAGUUUCACACCGUGCCGUUCCUUUUUGUAUGUUGUUUGCCGUACGACAAUGAGUCUGUCUAUUCGAGUAUGAGAUAUGUUUACCGGAUAAUAAAACAAGAAGCCUGAGUGUAUUCAGUAAUUUUAUAUUUCUACUAUGAUGAAGAACUGCCUUAAAAUAUUGGUUGUAAGAGGUUUUAUGAAUAAAUACAUGUCUAAUAAAUGGGGUAAUUUUGUAGAUACUGCUU